GUCUGCCAUGGAGAACCCACUGGAACCGGCUACACUCACUGAGGAUGAAAUAUGCCUCCUACUGACUGCAAUGCUGAAUGACUAUGUGCGGUUGAAGGUCCGUGAGCUGCAGCAGGAGCAGGAGACUGAGGGCGCCAGCCUGGACAGCUUCCGAGCUAAGCGGUGCAGUAAUCUGAGUACCUGUGUGCUGGGCACAUACACACAGGACCUCAACAAGUUUCACACGUUCCCUCAGACUGCAAUUGGGGUCGGAGCCCCUGGCAAGAAAAGGGUCACGGCCAGCAGCUUGGAGAGAGACCAUGGUCCUCACAUUGGUGUGAACCAGGAUGCCUACCAAUCCCCUCCCUCGGCUUUCUAA